AUCCGGACGGCCCUGGCCAACAUGGACCGGGAGGCAAGGGAGCACUAUGCUGUCGUCAUCCAGGCCAAGGACAUGGCGGGACAGGUUGGGGGACUGUCUGGGUCUACUACCGUCAACAUCACGCUCACAGACGUCAACGACAAUCCGCCCAGGUUCCCUCAAAAAAACUACCAGCUGUACGUGCCUGAAUCGGCCCAGGUGGGGAGGCCCGUGGGGAAGAUCAAAGCCAGCGACGAGGACCUGGGCAUCAACGCGGAGAUCAAGUACAGCAUCAUCAAUGCAGACGGGGCCUCCGUCUUCUCCGUCUCCACAGACAGAGACACUCGAGAGGGCAUCAUCUCGCUGAAGAAGCCUCUUAACUAUGAAAAGAAGAAAAUGUACACGCUGCACCUAGAGGGCGCCAACACACACCUGGACCCCCGAUUUUCGUACCUGGGGCCCUUCAUGGACACAGCGACGCUGAAGAUCACCGUGGGAGAUGUGGAUNAGCCACCGGUCUUCUCUUUAGAUCAUUACAUCAUGGACGUGUACGAGAAUGCCCCCGCAGGGACCGAGGUGGGCGCAGUCAUGGCCCGGGACCCAGACAGCACCGGCAGCGCUAUCAGGUAUUUUAUUGACCGUGACCGGCGUGGUCAUGAAUACUUCAACAUUGACGCCCACAGUGGGGUCAUAAAAACCACACAGAGCCUGGACCGCGAAGAGAUAGCCUGGCAUAACAUCACUGUCAUGGCCUCGGAGGUUGAUAACCCCAGCCUUGUCAGUCACGUUCCCAUCAUGGUGCAGGUGCUAGAUGUCAACGACAAUCCACCGGAGGUCGCCACAGACAGCGAGGUCAUCGUGUGCGAGAGCUCCCGGCCUGGUCAGGUGAUCCAGACCAUUGGUGCUGUGGACAAGGACGACUUUGCCAACGGAUUCCGGUUCUUCUUCUCGUUGCCAUCAAACUUGCCCAUCAAUCCCAACUUCACACUCAGAGACAAUGAAGACAACACAGCAAGCAUUGUGGCACGGCGCCGACGGUUCAGCCGCACGAGCCAGGAGUUGUACCGUCUGGCGGUGGUGGUGCGGGACAGCGGUGAGCCGGCGCUGAGCAGCACGGGGACGCUGACACUGCGCGUGUGUGCCUGCGGGGGCACUAGCGGGUCGGCGCGGACCUGCCAGACUGGGGCCUUCCUGUCAUCAGCCGGCCUCAGCACCGGGGCGCUCAUCGCCAUCCUGCUCUGCGUCGCCAUCCUGCUGGCCAUCGUUGUGCUCUUCACAGCGCUCCGCAAGGGCAAGAAGGAACCGCUGAUUGUCUCGGAGGAGGACGUGCGGGAAAACGUGGUGACGUAUGACGACGAGGGCGGUGGCGAGGAGGACACAGAGGCCUUCGACAUCCUGGCCCUGCGGAACCCGGCCGGCGCCGAGGAACUCAAGAUCCGCAGGGACGUGCAGCCCGAGCGGGUAUGGCGGGCGGUGGCGCGGGGGUCCCCCAGUCCCCCCGGCCGCGUGGCAGACACAGUGGAUGUGUGCGCCAUCCUCUCCCGCCGCCUGGAGGAGGCUGAUAACGACACCAGCGUACCGCCAUACGACUCCCUGCAGACGUACGCCUACGAGGGCCAGGGCUCGCCCUCCGAAUCCAUCAGCUCGCUGGGCUCGCUGGCCCCGCCCUCGGACCUGGAUUAUAGCCACCUGGACCAAUGGGGACCCGAGUUUCAGAAACUGGCGGAACUGUAUGGAGAAGACCAGCUGGAUGGCGCCCCCUAGCGUGCGUCGCUGUACGAGCACCCCCACCCCCCACCGCUGUUUAAAAUAAAGAGAGAGCCUUUGCACCACUGGCCGCCAUGCCCAUUUACUGUAAAAACAACAAACUGUCCUUUUUUUUCCAACUGGGGUUAGAGGAGUGGGUUCAGAUUUUCAAACAGGAAUGAGAAAAAUAAUUGCGAUUCUGGGAAAAAAAAAGAUAUUUUCCGUGGUGUAUAUUUUUUAUUGGUCAAUAAAGUCUGUAAAUUCCAUAGAACUGGUGAAAUGUGAUGCAAGGAGUAAAUAAUGGACCCCCCCACCCCACCCCCUUUGUGAGCUGGUGAUAAGUGAUAGAUAGUAAGAGAAUGAAGGUUAGGGAAUGAAACGGCGAUGAUGGGAAUAAGGAAAUUUGUUCCACGUUGCGUAAAAAAGAUCACAUUCAGAUUUCAGUGACGAAUUAACUGGAUUUAUGUUGUCCUGAUGCUGUCCUGUAGGCACAUAUACUAGGGGUGGAUUGAGCAAGCAGAAUUCUCCGUGUGUGUAGUGAGAAUAUUCUGACUACAGCCACUAGGGGUCACAGUGGUUAAAGAGUCUGAUUGAUUAGUGCAAUGGGUUCGACUUGAGGGUAGUCUGUGACUAUCUGAAGGGAAACUGGAAUCUGGUGGAGAUGGUGGUGAUGAUGAUGAUGAUGAUGAUGAUGAUGAUGAUGAUGAUUAUUGUUGUUUGUCAGUGGCUUUGCUGUCCUGAUCAGUUAAUUACGUCCCCAGUUCACAACCCAAGAAGCACUGAUAUCCGUGACUGUGUGGUAAGUUUGUUUGGUGGAGCUGAGAACAGAAUCGAUUUCCGGAUAAUUAAGCAACUCGCUGAAACGUGUCGGGGAUGCUAGUCUCUUUUUUUUUUAUUCAUUCUCUCAUCCCCUUCUGAUUAAUUCACAUACCUGCCUUUUUAUGCAGAUCUUUUCCCGGGGAUGAAACUCACAGAAAGAAGUGUGACCCCCCCCUCCCAAGACACCAGCAGUGAGUUAUAACUUUCACUAUCUGUCCAUCCACCUCCUCUGUAACCACUGCAGAUCUCCAAACAGGGGACCAGGACUUUUCCAGCUACCAUUCGGCAUUAAUUUUGUUAUUUUGUUUUGGUUUUUUUUGGGUGGUGUUGUUCAGUUAUUUAUACACACACCCUUUCCCCAUGUGCUUGAUGCCUGAAUAUUCUGCAUGAAUUAUUAUUCAGCCUGUCAGUCUAGAGCUGGAAGAGUGAGAUGAGACAUUUCUGUGUGUGUGUGUGUGGGGGGGGGGGUUAGGUUUCUAUUACAUAGUAGGGACCAAAUGGCCCCUACAUUGUAAUAAAAACCUGUUUUUUGGCAAUGUGGGGACCAUUUUUCAGGUCCACGCAAAGAUCUGCGAAUCCAUUCCAAAAAGUAAAAAUUUUGUUUG